CUCAAACUUUCCCUAAAGGACGUCAACAAUAACCCACUAUAUAUAAUAUCGAGCAAGCGAAUCUGAGAAACGCGAUUUCAAUUAACUUACCAGCGAAUCACUCGCUACACACGAACUUUUACAAUCUAUACAAUAAUAACGCUCCGACGCACAAAAAGAAACGCAAAUAAUAACGUUGAUAAUAAUAAUAAUAAUAACAAUAAAUAUAUAUUACACGUAUAUUCACGAGCCCCUUUCGAGGGGUGUUUCAGGAUUUAAAUCCUUCUGUCGAACGUAUAACUCACCCUUAAGAAUAAAACAAGGAAAUAGAGAAACAAAAAACCGACAGUAAGAAUAACAACUGUAUGUGUACAAAGUUCGGACUAAUAUAUUAUAAGACUCCUUACAAUUAGUUGCAAGUUUAUCAGAAAGAAAAAUAAACAGAUAUCGAUUACCAAAGUUUUAUCACAGAAACUGUACUACCUACAGUUUCCCUCAAUUCCAUCCCCGACGAUUCAAUCAUUAUAUACUUUGCCCAAGCAAUACAUAAAGACCAUUAGGAAUAAUUAACAAUAAAAAAGAAGAGAGAAGAAAGAGGCGAGACGAAGAAGAAUAAAAAUUAUUCAUAAUAAUAAUAAUAAUAUUAACAAAUUAACAAAUUAACAAACGGUGCUUACGUUUGCAUAGAGUAUAAUAUCGCAGUGUGGUAGAAUAGGAAUAAAAGCGCGUGACUGCAGGAUAAAGUCGACGUGCGUUAAAAUAUUCACAAUCACGUGGGGAUAUUGAUAACGAUAAUAAUAACAAUAACAAUAACAAUAGGAUAGUACCGAUAUCUCUUUUACCGUUGUGCGGAGAUGAUGAUGGGAAUCCCGCGGUUUAUAUUUAUGUUGAUGGUGACGUUGGUGAUGCAGUCAACUGCUAAGGGACACGCAUUGGCAAAGAGAAGCGCGGCCGGAAGUGGACCAGGAGCUUUCGACUAUCCAGAUUAUCCCGCGGUCAAGUACGACGAAUAUCCUGUGGUCGUUCCGAAAAGAGCAGCACUUCUUCUCGACAGGUUGAUGGUCGCCCUGCAGAAAGCGGUGGACGAUCAGAGUGUCGGUAACUCAGGUAGCAGAACAAUGGCCAGAUCCUCUCCGCAACAGAUCGUUAAUUCCCAAAUCGUACCAGCAACAUCCGACGAACAAACGAUGGAUCUCCAACGCCGAGGACAAGCGAAGGGCCGCGUCUAUUGGCGUUGCUAUUUCAACGCCGUUACAUGUUUCAAAAGAAAGUGAUGAUGACGACCGUAUCUAGCAGCAUAUUUGGGCAACAAUUGAAUCAUCAAUUGUAUCAUUUUCCUCUACUAAAGACGCGUAUAUUAUACAUAUAAAAUGAAUCUUCCAGUGAAUAUAUUCAAUAUUUUUUCUUUCUUUGGGGACGUAUUCGGAUACACCUAGAAAAGUAAAAAAAAAAGCAAUUACGUAUAUCGGUAUCUGUUCGUAAUUCAAAUUCUAAAGCCGCUACUUUGAAUAUUUCAUAACUAAAUUAAAUCAAUGUACUCUCAGUAUCCACACCCAAAGGAUUUUCAUUCUGUGAAUCUUUUUUCUUUUUCGCAUUAUUAUCAUUGUUCUUGUUAACAAUGUUAUUCUUAACUUUUUUUUCUUCUUUUGUGCUGAUUGAACCACAUCGCAUACAUUUUUCGCCCGAAAUCGCUUAUAAUUGAGUUAUGUACACGUGAUAGUUAUUCUAUGGAUAUGUAAGACAGGUGAAAUAAUAAUGUUAAUUGGAUGUUUGAAUUUUUGUUAAUUACUGAUGUAAUAUAAAUAUCAAAAGAUCACUCUAAUGAAUCCAAUGGAAAAGGACAAAGAGAAAAAAGAACAAAAUAAGGAAAUAUAAUUUUAUGAACAUUUGAUUAUUAUAUCGAUGUGUUGUAUCGAGACUGACAAA